AUGUCUGAGCAGUUCACCAAGGCCCAGGUCGCCGAGCACAAGGACGAGAAGUCCAUGUUCAUCAUUGUCGAUGAUGGCGUCUAUGACAUUGCUGGCUUCCUCGACGACCACCCAGGCGGCCCCAAGAUCCUGAAGCGCAUGGCUGGCAAGGAUGCGACCAAGCAGUUCUGGAAGUACCACAGCAAGAGUGUGCUGGAGAAGUAUGGGCCCAAACUCAAGGUUGGGACGCUCAAGGAGGAGGCGAAGUUGUAA